AUGAAGCGCCGUCAGGAAGCGGCUGCUGCAGUUGGAUUCACUCUCUAUGGCAAAGGAGCUGGUGCAGUGGUGGGGGGAACGCUCGACGCAGCUAUUAGGUCGGAGAUGAGGAAUGCGUAUCCCGACGUGCAGCAGCACGAAAUCGAGGCAAAAUGGAAAGGAAUGAUGGAGAUCUUGGACCGCGAAACGCGCUACGUGACUUAUCGCGAAGAUCGCCCCGACCUGAAGUGGUUCUCGAGAACCUACGCAAGCUUGCGGGCCUUCAUAAUGGAUAAGUCGAAGCAGAUGAGAUACAACAUGCUGAAGAGUCUACAAUUACAUGUGAAGACUGCUGUACAAGACGCCCCAGAUUUGCUCGAAGGCUGUCUUAGCAUGGAGGAUCUAGUGGCACAUUUCCAAGAGCUCUACACUCCCGAGAACUUUCUCCAGGCCUUCGGAUUCAUCCAGCAUUAA